CUGUCAUCCGUUCCGGGCUGUUAUAUUUCUGUUCCUAAUGUGGUUUAAUUAAUACGUUUAAUCAAUAUGAGUUCUUCAAACAGCUACAUUAGCUCUUUGGAGCCUAAUGACCGAACCAGGUAUUUUGAGAAAUUAAUGGUAAGUGUCGAAGACGCCGGCGAUAGUUCAAACCCGGAAGUGACUGGUUCGGCGGUGACUGGUGACGGUGUACGCCUACCUGACCCAUACAGUCUGACAGGUUGGAAGGAUGAUUUGAGCCUCUGGCCAGAUACGGACUAUGGGUGCAUCUACACCUACCUAAUCGAGGCUCCAGGUCCGUUUAACGGAGAAGCCAUGAAAGCCUAUAAAUCCCUGGAGGCGUACAAUCUCUUUAUAAGUGGCCAUGUGAGGGAGUGCAGGUACCACCCUAUUGGAAAAAAUGUGAAGGUCUGCUUCCUUAAGGCCAAGGUUGUGCCAGGACAGAGAGUAACAGAGACUCCUCACAACCCAUGGGUGUGUUUGACCAAAAAAGAGGGUUAUGUCAUGGCAGCUCACUGCACUUGUAUGGCAGGAUUGGGAGAGGUCUGCAGCCAUGUGGCUGCACUGCUGUUCGCAGUGGAGGCCUCCAGGUCUCUUCAGGAAAAACGGACGUCAUGCACCAGCAGAAAGGCCGUGUGGAACAAAUAUUACAAAGAUAAGGUUGAUCCACAAAGGGCUGAGGACAUGGACUUUUCGCACCCUAAACAUGGAGUCCAGAUCAAGAAGGCGCGCCGGAAGCCGCAGUGUGAUGUGCCACCACUCAGUGAAGAAGAGGCCGCUUCUGCUUUCUCACAACUGAGGAAGCUGUGUCCCACUGCCAGUGCUGUCAUUAAAGAGGAGGAGGACACAGACACAGCAUCAGAAGAUGAGUCAGAUGUCAACACAGAGACGCUUCCCCCUGUGGUAUACAGGUCUUGUCAUCCAGCCAAAGUCCCUGUUACUAGUGUUAGUGUAGACAGCAUCCUUGAGGAUGUUCGGUGCAACCCCGAGCAAAUCACAAACCUCAACAAAGCUACAGUGGGGCAGUCCAAGUCUGCUUUAUGGCGUCAGCAACGCAAGGGUCGUGUGACUUCUACAUCCAUGCAUGAUGUCCUUCAUGCAUCAAACCCCACCACUGCAGUACGGAAGGUCAUGCAAUAUGACUGCAAGGAUUUGAGCCAAGUUCCAGCUAUACAAUGGGGGAUGAAACAGGAGGAGAAGGCAAGGCAACAGUACCUGGAAGCUACCUUGUGCAUCUGCAAGGAUGUGAAAUUGGAGGAAGUGGGGCUCAUUCUCUACAAGGAUUUUCCCUUCAUAGGUAUAGCUAAUUUUGGCUCUUACUUCAAACUUAUGAAGUAUAGUACAUGUAAUUGAGUACCAACUACACAAUGUCUAAUUGACUUAUGAUUUUGUUGAUGUAACAAUGAAAUACAUGUACUUGUUUUAACAAUUGCACUGUAUUCGUACCAAGUGAAUAUGUGCCAUUUGCAGCAUUUGGCAAGUAUCAAAAGUAAGUACAUUAUGUUCAUGUUUGAAAUAUCAGAAACUUUGCCACUAAUUUGAACAUUACUGUUGUAUAUAUAGGUGCAUCUCCUGAUGGGAUGAGACAGUGUUCAUGCCAUGGAAGAACUGUGAUAGAGAUCAAGUGCCCAUACAAGUACAGGGACAUCUAUCCUGCUGCAGAUCUGUGUCUAUCAGAUGCCAACUACUGUUUAGAUAAGGAUUGUAAGCUAAAGACAGGGCACAGAUAUUACACCCAAGUCCAGACACAUAUGCUGGUUACCGGUGUCUCAACAUGUGAUUUUGUAGUGUGGACUAAUGCAGGCAUGGUUGUAGUAAAUGUUCCAAGGGACCAGUCACUGUUAAAUGUAAUGUUGUCUACAUGUGUCCAGUUUGUAAAGUCCAGUCUUAUCCCUGAGAUACUGACCCACAAGUUACAGUGUGGAGACUCUGGAGUAGAUGUGACUUUCCAGGAAGAUGAUGACCCAAACAAACGUUACUGUUCUUGUCAGAAACCAGCAUAUGGUAGGAUGGUAAAGUGUGAUAACAAUGAAUGUGAGUCAGAAUGGUUCCAUUACAAAUGUGUUGGCAUCAAGAGAAAACCAAGGGGCCAUUGGUUCUGUCCCAGUUGUCAAUGCUAAAUCCUACUGGACAGUUUGAAAUACUAAAAAUACUAGUAUAACAAUAGAAGGCAUUUUACAGUUUUAUGUCAUGUUUUA